UUAAUUUGGAAAAUGAUUUGAAAAAUGUCGACACGCUGUCGUACCUGUGGCAAGAUUAUUUACUGUGUGAACGCAAAAAAUUUAUUCCAACAGCCCGAUAACAUUAUGCUACAUCAAAUUGCUGCAUUAACUGGAAUUUUUCUAACCGAAAAUAUGGAAUUUCCUGCACAUAUUUGUGGUCCCUGCGAAGUGGCAUUACGAGAAGCGAUCGUGUUUCGCGAGCGCAUUAUAAAAACCCAAAAGGUGCUUUUAAGCAGCAGCAGCAACAUUGUGGAAGCGUAUCAGAAACUCGACUUGGAUGAGGUGGAUAAUCUAGAGUUGGAGGAAGACACCGAAGACACUGAGCUACCGACGUCGUACGAGGAACCUACGGAAUAUGACGUCUAUGGAGAAAAUGACAAUCUGCAGCAGCUAAAUGAGGCAAAUGAUGAUGGACAUUCGGAAGAGUCUGGACAGCAUGUCGAGAUUGAUGAGGAACCGACUGCAAUUGCUCCAGAUCCAAUGCCCAGUAUACCACGCAAACCAGGCAAGCCACCCUCUAAGCUCUAUGCAACUGUGAACUUUGCAACGAACGCAAGGAAUACACCUCGCAUCAACUGGAGCAAGCUGUCGGAGGAGGAAAUCGUCGCACUCAAGCGCGAGCGGCGUAAAAGGGAUUGCAUCUGCGAGCUGUGCGGCCGACACUUCACCUGCCCCAGCAAUUUCAAGGUUCAUCUGCUGCGGCACACAGGCGUAAAGAAUUUCAACUGCAAACAGUGUCCCCUGAAGUUCUACACACCGCACUUGCUGCGGCGCCAUGAGCUGGCACAUCUUUGCGAGAAGCCCUAUCCAUGUCAGUACUGUGGCCAAACGUUUGCCGAUCACAGCGGAAGGAUUCAGCAUGAACGCAACCGUCAUACAAAUUAUCGCCCAUACAAGUGCACCAAAUGCGAAAAGGAAUUCGCGGUUAGCAACAAGCUGAAGAGGCACAUGCUUAGCCAUUCUGGCGUACGAAGUUUUCCCUGCGACAUAUGCAAAGUAUCCUUCAUGCGACGACCGCACUUAAAUGCUCAUUAUCGCUCCAAAGGACAUGAGCAGAAUGCACAAAACUUCACAGACCUGGCUAAUGCUGUGGAUAUCGAUAUAGAAAGUGUCUUGCAGUGAAAGCUAUUCCUAAUGGAACUUAGUUUGUAAGUUCAGUUGAAGAAUAACUAAGCUUAACUAGACUUAGUUUUAGUACAAUUUAUUAAGAGGAAUUUAUUAUU